AUGGACGCCAAGUUCUCCUUCGACGAUGCUGCCGCCAAGCGGCAAAAGACACUUUUUGCAGAGCGAGACACGGAGCACGAAAUUGCAGAAGAAGUCGAGGCUGAGAAGUACGGGCUGGUCUAUGUCCGCAUGGACGGUGACAUUGGCAAUGUGGUAAAUGGCGCAGGUCUCGCGAUGGCGACCAACGACGCGAUUGCCCUGCACGGCGGCGCCAGUGCCAACUUUCUUGAUGCGGGUGGGCAAGCGACCAAGGAGACCAUGGUCAAGGCAUUUGAGAUUAUCCUGCGAGACCAGAGGGUAAAGACGAUAUUUGUCAACAUCUAUGGUGGAAUCACCCGAGGCGACAUGAUCGCAGAAUCCAUACUUGGCGCAGCCAAAGAGCUGGGCCCGCUCAAAAUUCCCAUGGUGGUUCGACUUCAAGGUACCAAUUCUGAGCUGGGGCUGAAAAUCUUGGAGGAAGCGAAUCUUGGAUUGCAUACCGAAGCAGAUUUUGGGAAAGCAGCGCAAAAGGCAGUAGAGCUGGCUCGUGAACCAAGCCAGGCGUAA